CGCUUCCGGAUGGGACUGGGCUGCUCCCAUGGGAGCUGGGCUGGCGGUGGAGGGGGCGAAGCCUCCCACGCUUGAGGCUCGGAAGUCGAGGUCGAAGGUCUCCAGAGUCGAGUGGGGCUGAGGGUUCGCUGGGGCGGCUGUGCUGGAGCCGGUUCCGCAGAACUGAGGCGGGCGGGGCGGAGGCUCUGGGACCCCGGUCUCGGGCCCCUGUUGGCUCUCGGGCUAUUUUUCUCGCUUUGGGCCCGGCGAGAUGCCGCCAGACUCCGGCAGGUUCGCUGUCUGAGCGGGGUCGCCCCUUCCUUGGCCCUGGCGCUCCCCAGCGACCUCUCAGUGAGUGAAGGCGGGGCAGUGUCCAGGAGGUGGAUGGAAGCACCGUCUUCUUGACCCCUCGCCCCCGCCGGGUCUCCCUAAGGCUUCUCUGGAGCCUCUGCUGCUGUGACUGCCCAGGGACUCGCUGGCGAUUGUCGAGAAUUUUAUGGCCAUCUGGCGUUUGCCGCUUAAGUGGCUGUCUGGGGACGUUGGACAAAUCGCUCAACUUGCCUGGCUUCUCAUUUUCAAAAUAAGAGAGGUGUUUAGUAGAUUUCCAAGCCUCUCUUCAGCUUUAAAAUCCAAGAGUCUGUGAUUGUGCUGUUUGUUGAGCUUUUACUCCCUAAAGAUGUUGGGCGUGAUAACCUGAUGGAAGUAGGUGGACUCCUCACAGAACAUUGCAGGUACUAGACGACACAUAACUGGGUUGCUCUAAGGACUAAUGCCUAAACCAUCUCAGCAUGGCCUAUAGAGGAGAUGGGCCUGGCCAGCCUCUCUCAGAUGCGCUCUCCCGUGUUAGCCCUGGAAGUCAUUCCACAUAUAGAACCCAUACCCAUAAUAUAUGCAUGGUGUCGGACUUUUUCUACCCAAAUAUGGGAGGUGUGGAAAGCCACAUUUACCAGCUCUCUCAGUGCCUGAUUGAAAGAGGGCACAAAGUCAUAAUUGUCACCCAUGCUUAUGGAAAUCGAAAAGGCAUCCGUUACCUCACUAAUGGCCUCAAAGUCUAUUACUUGCCUCUGAAAGUCAUGUACAACCAAUCUACAGCCACGACCCUCUUUCACAGUCUGCCAUUGCUCAGGUACAUAUUUGUUCGGGAGAGAGUCACGAUAAUCCAUUCACAUAGUUCUUUUUCUGCCAUGGCCCAUGAUGCCCUCUUCCACGCCAAGACAAUGGGGCUCCAGACAGUCUUCACGGACCAUUCCCUUUUUGGAUUUGCUGAUGUCAGCUCGGUGCUUACAAACAAGCUUCUAACUGUGUCUCUUUGUGACACAAACCACAUAAUUUGUGUCUCUUAUACUAGUAAGGAAAACACUGUGCUAAGAGCAGCACUGAAUCCUGAAAUAGUGUCCGUCAUUCCUAAUGCGGUAGAUCCUACUGACUUCACUCCAGACUCAUUUAGAAGGCAUGAUAGUGUAAUAACUAUUGUUGUUGUCAGCAGACUUGUUUACAGAAAAGGGACUGAUUUGCUUAGUGGUAUAAUACCUGAACUCUGUCGGAAAUAUCCAGAUUUAAAUUUCAUAAUUGGAGGAGAGGGACCAAAGAGAAUCAUUUUGGAGGAAGUACGAGAAAAAUACCAGCUUCAUGACAGAGUGCGUCUCUUGGGAGCCUUAGAACACAAGGAUGUUAGAAAUGUCUUAGUUCAAGGACAUAUUUUUCUUAACACUUCCCUUACUGAAGCAUUCUGCAUGGCAAUUGUGGAAGCAGCCAGUUGUGGUUUACAGGUUGUAAGUACCAGGGUUGGUGGAAUUCCUGAAGUACUUCCAGAAAAUCUUAUUAUUUUAUGUGAGCCUUCUGUAAAAUCUUUGUGUGAGGGAUUGGAAAAAGCUAUUUCCCAAGUGAAGUCAGGAGCAUUGCUGGCUCCAGAAGAUAUCCAUGACAUUGUAAAGACUUUCUACACCUGGAGGAAUGUUGCGGAGAGAACUGAAAAAGUAUAUGACCGCGUGGCAGAAGAAGCUGUGUUACCAAUGGACAAACGACUGGACAGACUCAUCUCUCACUGUGGCCCAGUAACAGGCUACAUUUUUGCUUUGUUGGCUGUAUUCAACUUUCUCUUUCUCAUUUUCCUGAGAUGGAUGACUCCAGAUUCUGUCAUCGAUGUUGCAAUAGAUGCCACAGGGCCAAAGAGUGCCUGGACUUAUCAACACCCUUACAGUAAAAAAGAGAGAAACAGUAAUGAGAUGUCUAAAACCAGGUAGAAGAAAGCCUGGAUUGUAAGAUUUUAAACAUUUGUAAUAGUUCUAUUAAGACUAUUAAAAAUAA